UCCCUGCUCAGAUCCUCUUUGGGUGGCCUGUGCCUGCUCGGUUCCUGGUGUGACCUCUCUCAAGAUGCCUGAGCCGGGGAAGAAGCCAGUCUCAGCCUUCAGCAAGAAGCCACGGUCAGUGGAAGUGGCCGCCGGCAGCCCUGCUGUAUUCGAGGCUGAGACAGAGCGGACAGGAGUGAAGGUGCGCUGGCAACGAGGGGGCAAUGACAUCAGUGCCAGUGACAAGUUUGGCCUGACAGCUGAAGGCACACGGCACACGCUGACAGUGCGGGAUGUGGGCCCUACUGACCAGGGGUCUUACGCAGUCAUCGCUGGCUCCUCCAAGGUCAAGUUUGACCUAAAGGUCAUAGAAGCAGGUAAGACUCUGGUCAGUUUCCCCUGAGGUUGGAGCUUUUGGGGGUAGGGCAGCCCCAUCACCUCUCCAUCACCCAGGGUAUACAAGGUGCUUUCCCACUUUCUUGCCUUUGCUUUGGCUGUGCCCUUUGCCAGGAAAACCCCCCUUUUCUGCAGCAGGACCUCUCCGAGUGCCCCACGUGGCUCUUUGGCCUGUUCCAGCCAUUGUGGAGGUGGGGGAAAUUCAGAGAUGAACAACGCAUGACCCUGCCCUCUCACUGGACACCCACACAUAGCGUGCGGGUUUAUGCACCACCAGGGAAGCCCCAGGAGCCCAGCCCAGCUUGGGCGCCUGGACUGAGGCUGGAGCCUGGGGAGGAAGAGGAGGGAUGGACCUUAGAGCUGGACAAGGCAGACUCAUGGGGACGUGGGGACAGACCGUGGUCUGAGGGCUAGAAGGCAAGAUGCAGGCUGGCACCCUGGCUCAGCCUCUGAGAAGGCCCUGGGGAGUGAGAAGAGGAGGGGUUUAGCAUCUUCAUCCUAGUGAGAUGCCUUGAGGACAGGGAGUUCUAGGCCAGCGG